AUGUCGAAACUUAGCAACAGGUCGUCGAGGGUCAAGCCAGCAUAUGUUGGUGGCCCGAAGUCUUCAGACUGGCAAGGGGGACUACCCUGUACCCAUUGUGAGACACCAAACGUAGAGAGUGUUAAGAUGAUUAACUAUUCGGUCUCUGUUAGCCCUCAUUCGCUUAUGGUUAACCCAGAGAGUAGAAGACUGGUCAUAUCGAAAGCAGAAGUUGCUGAAUUGCCUGCUCAGCAAUCACAAGAGAAAGCCUUGCGAAAUGAGGUUGUGGUGCUCGUCAAUGUCGAGAGUGUGGCUGGUGAGGGGAGCAAGCACCAUUCGGGGAUUCCUAUUGGUAGAGGCAGUGGUGGUUCUUUAGCGGACAUCGUUGUCGUUCAGCGUUUCGAGUCGCCAAACUUGGAGCUCUUCAUGAUCAACAACGACAAGCAAUCCGAACAUCACAAUGAUAAUCUCCCGCAUCACAUCUGCAUAUCACGAACUGCAGCCGGACCCGUGGAUCUACCCACAAUGAAUUGCGAAUGCUCUAUCGACACUUCCGUCCACAGCAACCUUAUGACACAACUUCGCUCGAUCCCGGCACUCACCACUUCCUGGCUUGAAGAAUCAUGGUCACCUAUUAGUCUACGAUAUGAGCGAAUUGCUACCGCGUCCCCCACAAUGGGCAUGGCAGUCUUGACGAGAGAGAUGAUGGAAAUGCACAUUGUCCAAACACCCAACGUUCGUGGCAUGGUGGAUUGCUUGCCGGUUGCCAACAGACACGGCUUCAUUGGAUGGAGACAGAAACUCGGCACUUGGCCAUUAUCCAAACAUGAGGCUCGUGGUGGAAGACAAUUCGAGGCUUAA